AUGCUGCCGAACGACUCCACCCUGGAGGAUUGGUUCAUCGAGCCUGGCCUUGUUAUGCUGAACGUGGUCUCCUCGCAAAAGGAGCCCAAGGUGCGGCACAUCCUUUCAGGUGCCAGCGAAGGAGGCAUCAGGCUCUGGAAUCCCGCCAACGCAGAGAAGGUGCAGGACAUGACUCCCCUCGUGCAGUCCGCAAUCCUGGCGAUGGUUGCUUGCUGGGAGAGGAUGCGUGUACUCUGCACAACCUCCGACGGGCGCAUGCAGCUGUGGGACCUGAGUAAUGGCACCUGCCUGAACAGCGUCGUCGCGCACCAGGACGAGGCCGGCUGCGUCGCUGUUGACUGGCCGACGGAGCAGGCAUUGACUGGCUGCCUCGUCGGCCCUGCCAAGCUGUGGUGUCUCAAGACUUUCCGAUGCUUGAACAUCCUGGCCUCCGAGACUGCGGUCGAUUCCUUGUCAGUUGACUGGCCCGGCAGAAGGGCUUGCGCGGGCUUUCGGAGCGGGGGCGUGCGCCUUUGGGACUUGGACGCAGCGCAGGUGCUUGGGGACUUCAUGGAAGGUGCCGAGACAGCGAAGGAGUCCGGCACGGCCGUGAGCGGCACUGUCGUCGACUGCUGUGGCCGGCGGGCUCUGAGCGGCUUCGAAGAUGGACACCUGGCGUAUUGGCACUUCGAUGGGAGAGGCGCAGUUGGCGUCUCGGACAUGCUUCCACAGGCGGGAGAUCCUCGCAGGAAGAGUGCAAAGGUCUUCUUGGCCCACUACAGUGCGCUGAGGAGCCUUGUCGCGCAUUGGCGGGAAGCAGACAGCCGGGCCUUGGUUGGCUCCGACGACGGAAGCCUGUCUCUGUGGCGUGUCGAGAGCGGCGAAUGCCUUGCAAGAUUUGCCCGACACAUUGGCUUCGUGUGGGCGAUUCAUGCUGACUGGGCUCGAGAACGUGCAGUGUCUGGAGCCUUCGAUGGCUGCUUAAAACUCUGGGAUCUUCGAACUGGCGAAUGCCUGCGAACGAUUCAGGGUCAUUCGCGGCCAAUAAGGAGCAUAUGCUGUGGCGCUGCGGAGGCUUGA